CGUGUGGCAGACCUGAGUAAUCGAUCCAGGCCGACCAUUCAGCUUCGAUUUCGAAUCUCUACAUCCUGAUGAGAACACGGAAAAGCUUGAAUAAACAAUUUAAUCAAACUGUUCAUUUCCGAUCAUCUGCGUAGUUCGGCUUGAGGUCCUACCGAGCAGCUAGAUCACGGUGAUCAGAAUAGGAAAAGACCUUUAAUAGAAGAGAAAAAUAAAUAAAUAAAUAAAUCGCCGUCUUGUUUUGUGUCGAAAGGCUCGGCUCGUUCGCCAAAUGUCCGCGUCCGCCGCCACCGGCGCUUCCCCCGCUGCCUCGCCGGGCUCGCGGCUCUCCACUCCGGCCACCGGCAUGUCUGUGUUCCGCUGGCUGGAGGUGCUGGAGAAGGAGUUUGAUAAGGCGUUCGUGGAUGUGGAUCUGCUGCUGGGGGAGAUCGACCCGGACCAGGCCGACAUCACGUACGAAGGCCGGCAGAAGAUGACGAGCCUAAGUUCGUGUUUUGCUCAGCUUUGUCAUAAAGCACAGACUGUGUUUCAGCUCAAUCAUAAACUAGAGGCUCAGCUGGUGGAUCUGAAGUCGGAGCUGACGGACGUUCAGGCAGAGAAGGUCGUGGUGGAGAAGGAGGUCCAUGAGCAGCUGCUCCAGCUUCACACUCUGCAACUGCAGCUCCACGCCAAAGCUGGCCAGACGGUGGACUCCAGCUCCAUUAAAGACAGAAUGCCUGUUGCCUCCGUGGAGGAGAUGGAGAAGGAACUGGAGGCCAGUAAGAAGGAGAAGGUGAAGGAGGUGAAGCUGGAAGCCGAGGUGAGGAUGCUGAAAAAAGAGAACGAGGCCCUCCGCAGGCACAUCGCAGUACUGCAGGCUGAGGUGUACGGCGCCAGACUGGCAGCCAAAUACCUGGACAAGGAGCUCGCUGGGAGGGUCCAGCAGAUUCAGUUAUUAGGUCGAGACAUGAAGGGUCCGGCUCAUGAUAAACUGUGGAACCAGCUGGAAGCUGAGAUUCAUCUUCACCGCCACAAAACGGUCAUCCGGGCCUGCAGAGGGCGCAAUGACCCAAAAAAGCCCUUACCGUCACCUGCAGGACAUGACCCGGAAUCUCUGAAGAAGACUCAGGGGGUCGGUCCAAUCCGCAAAGUGCUUCUGUCUAAAGAGGACCACGAGGGGCUUGGGAUCUCCAUCACAGGAGGUAAAGAGCACGGAGUUCCCAUCCUGAUCUCAGAAAUCCACCCGGCUCAGCCUGCGGAGCGAUGCGGCGGGCUGCAUGUCGGAGACGCCAUAUUAGCUGUCAACAACAUCAACCUGAGAGACGCCAAGCACAAGGAGGCGGUGACCAUCCUCUCCCAGCAGAGAGGCGAGAUUGAGUUCGAGGUGGUGUACGUGGCACCGGAGGUGGACUCGGAUGAUGAGAACGUGGAGUACGAGGACGAGAGCGGGCAUCGCUAUCGUCUCUACCUGGACGAACUGGAGGAGGGAACGGGAGGUAGCCAUGGCAACGGACCUGCUGAUUCUGCAUCACUGCAAGUCGUGGAGAAGCACCUGAUGGCGGACGGGGCCGAGAACGGAGACACCGGCAUCUCCAGCGAGAGUCCAUCCGAGGAGACGCCCUCCAAGACGGCCGAGUCUCCUCAGAACUUGUCUUGAAGAGCUGAGAGAGACGAGGGGCUCCGGUCCCCUCCCCCCUCCCCCACAGGGAGAAGGAGAGAGAGAGAAAUAAAGACUCUGGCCCUGUAUGAUAGCUGUAACAUAACAAGACGUGUGUUUUUGUACCAUAUGGAUAUGACACGGUUUCAGAGUCCACUGGAGGUCACACGGAGACACCGAGGAGAAACAGAGUGGACGGCUUGUUACAUGGACGAAGGCUGUAACUCAAGCAUGAUGUCUUCUGAAUUAACAUCUGCUGUGGUCAGGAACAUGGCUGACUGUGGUGUGUAUUUACAGAGACAGUUUUAAAAAGGUGGAAGAGAUGGGCUAUGAUGGGUGUUUUGGGCUUUUUUUGUUUUGUUUUAAAUUUAUAUCCUUUUGUGUGCAUUUACUGCUCCCCAGCAGGUGAAUUAGACCUGAGCUCUGACGCUGUACUGGGGUAUUAAUCAAAAAUCUCUUCUUUCUCAACUGUAAAUGAAUUGGAAGAUAUCGGAGAGAAACUUAUCAUUAUCAAGCGUAAGGGUAAAUAAAUAGUAAAAAUAUUCCUGACUGAUCAUCUCAGAUUUGCUCCAUACUUUCUGGAAAUGAUUCUAGCGUAUUUGCAUUGGCAUUUUGAGAUGUUGGGGCUUUAAAAGGGGGUGUGGCCUUGUAAAAAUGACCUUGUAAAUAGUCCAUAGAUUUUGAAUUAUUCGUGCUAAAUGCAUGACAUUUUAACUUCUCGUAUUUGCCAAAAUAAAUUGCAUAUUUGUCAAAUUUAUUAAUGCUGAAGGAAUAAAUAAAUAAAUAGAUAAAUAAAUAAAUAAAU